UGAAAUGGAACUCGAUUAUGAAAUAAGCCAGCAGCUUGAAGGGCAUUCUGGAGAUGUUCGGUGUUUAACUGUUCUACCAGACCACACCAUCCUAUCUGGGUCACUGGAUAAAAGCGUUAUCGUAUGGAGGAGUAGCGCUGAUGGAGAACAACCGAGUGGACGCUAUACUAUGGCAGCUAGGCAUACACACCAUGAUGGGUAUGUGUACUGCCUUGCGGGUGUCAAUCGACAACCAAUAGAGAGUUCCCAGUCCUAUAUCUCUGGAUCUAAGGAUCUAUCUCUAGCUCAUAUUAGAGUCAAUGAUGGUGCUGUAUUAUGGAAGGUAUCUCACGCCCAUGACGGUGCUGUGAGCUCAGUCGCUACAGUGGGAGGUAUCAGAGUAUUAUCUGGAGGCUGGGAUGGCAUAGUCAAAUGUUGGACACUCGAUGGUAGUACUGAGGAACCAGAAUGGAGAGGUGAAGCCGGAAAAUACGCUGUCACAGUUGGAGUGUCCGCCGAUGGGGACUUGUGUUUCACAGGUGCUCAAGAUGGUAUUAUCAAGUUUUGGAGGAUUGCCGAUGGUACCUUGUUGGGUUCCAUCUUACAUGCUCACGAGGAUAUCAUUCGAGCCUUUGCUGUUAACCCUGCUAUGGGCAGCUUCGCAAGUGUUAGCAAUGACUGCAUGAUCAAGGUAUGGCCAGCUCCAGUUGUAAAACAGGAUGGCACUGGAUAUGACCUUCCUGCCGAUACUCACAGUGCUAUCACGUUAACGGGUCAUAAUGGGUUCGUGUUUGAUUGUGAUUGGAAGUUCGAUGUGCUCACCACAGCCAGUGACGACAGGAAUGUCAAGUUUUGGAACCCUUCUGAGUCUACAACACCAACAGGAAACUCUCUACUCCAUCCGGGCACUAUAUGGAGUGUUAGGGAGAUCUCCAAGGGAAUCGUCGUAUCGGGCUGCAGCGAUGGCAUCGUCAGAAUAUGGACUAAUGAAGUUGAUCGGAUGGCCCCAGUAGAAGAGCGAGAGUCGUUGAGGUCUUUAGCUGAGGCAAGUGCAGCUGAGGCAGCUGGAAAGGGUGCCAGUGCAGUGCCGUUGGAUAGUGUACCUGACAUAAGCACCAUGUCCUCCACUAGAGGACGGAGGAAUGGUGAAGUGAAGAUGUUCAGACAGGGCGACCAGGUCAUCGCCUGCCAAUGGGCUAGCGGUGCUUGGCAGAAUAUCGGCGUGGUCACUGGCAAGGCUGAUAAGAAGCAGUACCACGGGGAUCAGUACUUCCCUGCUGGUUCCUAUGAUUACGUGUUUGAUGUGGAGUUGGGCUCCGCUGAUAGGAUGGCGCUCCUACCAUUCAAUAACACCGACAAUCCGCUUGUGGUGGCAGAGAAGUUCUGUUCUAGGGAGCAGAUCGAUAAGUCUAAUAUACACCAGAUCAUGGAUUUCAUCAAGACUAAUGCCUCGGGAGGGUCAGCACACUCGGCCUCUCCUCCGAUCCAGUCCACGACGGUGCCACACUCGGUCAGUUCCUCAUCUGAACAUGCAGCCGCACCUGUCAGGCCGGUUCAUCACAUGAAACACUUCCCCCUUAUGGAUCCGAUUGUCUUUAAGGAUGCGAAGUAUGACCCGAUGAAGAAGAAACUUGUUGAGCUCAAUGAUGCUAUCCCAGAUGGAAACAAGUCUAAGCUAACCGCAGAUGAAUUGAACAGUCUAGAUGCGUUGAUAGAAGUUUUAAAGAGUUCAUCGAGGAGCAAGAAGUUCUUGCAUGAAUCGAUCUACACAUUAUGGUCAAGACUGCUACCGAAUUGGACGCCAGACCAAGGGCUCUUUGUUGGUGUUGAUCUGGCCAGAAUGAUGCUUUUGGAAGAGAACGGUGCUGAUGUCUUUAAGAGUGCCGAUAGAGGUUUAAUAUACGUGCAGACUGUAAGUAAAUACCUUCGAGAUCCUUCUACAGCAUCUUCUCCUUUGAGUAUAUGCUGCGCUAGAUUCCUGGCCAACAUGGCGGCCUUCAGUACAACGCGGGCGGUGCUCUGUGACAUGGCAACUAAAGUGGUCCUUCCAGCAGUCAUGUGUGCUGUAACACAGUCUACUAACAAACACACGAGGAUGGCAUGCGCUUCGGUUCUUAUUAACAUCUCCGAGUCAGCGACUGACAGAUCACUGGGGUUACCUUACAAAUCCGUUAUUCCUUUCAUAUUUGGAACAUUCAAACAGAUCGAUUUAAAUGAUUCGGAUAUCCUCUAUCGGGUUCUUGUUUCGCUUGGCUGCUGCCAGAGCGCCAAAGAUAGCGAGCAUCUCCCCAUAGAGGUCAUCGAUAGGUUACGCCGAUGCCAGAUGAGUACUGAAGUUCGUGUGAGGGAAUGCGCGGCUGAUAUACUCGCAUUAUGUUGAUCUAUGGAUAUGUUCCAAUAUGCGGUGACGCAGUUCCUCGCUCCCAUUGCUGUGUUUCAUCUU